AGCGAGUGUUGAUGUGCCGCGCGCGCACGCAAGUUCACGCGAGUCAAUCCAACUCGAUCCGCUCGAUCGCGGAUCGCAGGCGUGUUCGCGUUCACGUAUAGGACGGGUACGGCGUACGGCGUGAGAAUUACACGUGUCUGUUUGCCGAUGGUGGUCGAACGAGACUGAGGCAGAGAGUAUCGCGGAAGGAUGGCGACAUCAAUGCAGGAGGGCGAUUUCAAGGCGACCACCGUCGCCAACACCGUCGCCGAUCAUGCCGAGGAGUACAGACUCCGCACCGGGACCGACAGCUUCCCGAGCAUCAACGAGAGGCCGGUCGACGACAUCUCCCUCGAGUUCUUCUAUAAACCGCACACGAUCACCCUGCUACUCAUCUCCAUUGGCGCCGUUAUAUACUCUGCGUUCACCAGGAAUACCACCAAUGUGGAGGACAACAUGUGGGCGGGUAUAUUGUGCGUCAUUUUCUUCUUCCUUAUCAUAUCUGUCCUGACAUUCCCCAACGGUCCAUUUACUAGACCUCAUCCUGUGGUAUGGCGGAUAGUAUUCGGCUGCAGCGUACUCUAUUUGAUGGGUCUGCUGUUCUUGUUAUUCCAAAACUAUGAGACAGUCAGGAGGAUCCUGGUAUGGGUGGAUCCAGGUUUAGCUUCCUUCCACAUCGAUAUGGACAAGGAGUAUGGUGUCAACUGCUCGGAUGUCACAGUGGAAAGGAUCUGGAAUCACCUGGACGUGUUUGCACUGGCACACUUUCUUGGCUGGGCCUUCAAGGCCAUCUUAAUUCGUCAUCUUGGUAUCCUUUGGGCCAUCAGCGUCAUGUGGGAGGUGACAGAGAUUGCCUUUGCUCAUUUAUUGCCAAACUUUAUCGAAUGCUGGUGGGACGCCUUGAUUCUCGACGUUAUAGUGUGCAAUGGAUUAGGUAUCUGGGUUGGCCUAAAAAUUUGCUCCAUAUUGGAGAUGAGGGAAUACAAGUGGGUCAGUAUUCGUGACAUUGAGAGCACCACUGGGAAGCUGAAGAGAGCAAUGUUGCAGUUUACUCCUGGCAGUUGGACAUCUGUUAGAUGGCUGGAUCCAACUUGCACACAUAUGCGAUUGGUCGCUUUAUGCCAGUUGGUGAUAUUCUGGCAAGUUUCCGAGUUGAAUACGUUCUUCUUGAAGCACGUCUACGAGUUUCCUCCAUCUCAUCCAUUUGUUGUGGCCAGAUUAGUAUUGGUCGGCGUUAUAGUCGCACCAUCCGUUAGGCAGUAUUAUAUGUACGUAACUGAUCCGACGUGUAGUCGAGUGGGAACUCAGUGUUGGGUCUAUGGGGCAAUUAUGGUGACAGAAGCUUUACUGUGUAUACGCCAUGGUGCAGCCCUGUUUGAACGUACUCAAGCUCUCAAUAUCCUCCUUUGGCUGCUUUGCCAGUCUCUAGUCUCCGUUCUCUGCGUCUAUGGCUGUGUUUUGUGGCAUCAGUACUUUGAGACGGGAAAGAAAGCCACUAUAAGGCGGUCAGUCUCCCAUCUAAGCAGGUUUGACACGGAUAUAAGCGGGAAUAUGGCUCGUCGUACGAAAUCCGUGGAGGCAUUGGAUAAGAAGAAACUGUGAAAGAAAGAGUGAAAAGAAUCGCUUGAUGGUGAACUGAGGACA